AAAAAAAAAAAAUACCAUCCUGUCUGUCUGUUCUCCCUCACUCCCAUUCUUCCCUCCUUUCCCCCCCUCUCUCUCCUCUUCCAUACACAUCUUACUAUUCCAAACUUCAAUAUUGGCUGACCCCAUUGUCCUCGUCUUUUCUUUUACAGGACGUUCAUUAUUCCUUUGUUCCUUUUUUCCUUUAUUCUUUUAUUCCUUCCUUCUUUCGUUCAUUCAUUCAUUCAUUCCAUGUCGAGUGCUACCAACGCCCCUCCGCUCAACCGGAGGGCUUCUAUACAUUCUGCUCCUCGUCCAGCUCAACAAUCUCGACAAUACUCAACCCUUGAGAUCGAAGUUGAAUACAUUAGCACAGGACCAUUGCCUGCUCCAAGACAGCCCUUACGUGUGAACGAACCCACUAGCCUUUCAGAGGCAAACAUCAACAACAAGGCUCAGAAGAAUGGAAAAGAUGCAGCUCUCAACAGUGUCAUGGAGGAGGACGAGGAAGGGGAAGAGACAGGUGCAGGAACAAGAGUAGGUGUCACACGCUAUACACAAUCCGCACAACCACCCUCAAUACCGACAUCCACACGACCCUACCCUGCGACACUCCCUCGUCAGCGUCCCUCACGACCCUUAUCUGAACAGUACUAUCCUUCACAACAACAAUCUGCGCACCACCAUCAUCUGCCAGACGAUCAAUUUGCUCGAGCCUAUCAGCCAUCAUUACAACCAAGAUCCCAGGGAGUCACACCUCCUAUUCAUUCGAAUCGUCCUGGUCCUGGCUUUAGAGGCUACAGUGCUGGCAGCAGUGUUAGUAGUAACGUGAGCGGAUCCCAGGGUCAGGCUGCCAUCCCACAGAGCGAAUACUUACAAUCAUCACAUGCGCAGCACGACGAGACACCCGUUCUUUCAUCUGCUGGAUCGCAAUCUGACGACAAUGACGAAGACGAAGUUCACUCACCAGUGGAUUGUUUGCAUCCAGUCGGAGAUGACGAUGAUGAUUAUGGUGAGCUAGGAGAGCAUUCUGCAGCGGAAUUAGGGGCCGAAAGCUUUGGCGGAGCAGACGGUCACAGAGUCCCUAGCAACAUUGAUCAGAGCGAACACAGAAAGGAUGCAAGUUAUCAUGAUGUGCAAGAGGCAGUACCUGAGCUGGAAACGCAGGAGACCCUCAAGAGAGAGCGAACUAGAAUUUUAGAGCGGACUGUGGUUAAUAAUUGCCGUCAAAUUGACUUUAAGGAUAUUACCAACAUCCAGCCGUUGAAGCGGGGUGGCUAUGGCGAGAUUCAUACAGCAGAGUGGUCUCGACUUCGAGUUGUCCUGAAACGUGCUCUACCCGAGAACAACGAGGGCGUCGAGCAAUUUGAUCAAGAGGUAUGUCUAGAAAUUGGAAUACGCUUAGUAUGCCUAGUUUAUUGACUGUAAUGACUAUUCAGUUUAAAAAUAGGUUGUUGUUUAACAAAAAUAACAACAUUUUCUCAAAAUGUAUCUCUUGUCUAUGCAUUUAAAUA